AUUAUAAAGUCACAUAUUCUGGACCUGUCCAGGAUCGUCCAAUAAAAUAAAUUUAAUACUAAAAAAUAAGGUAAUGGUUCGCCCUGCUGGUGAUGACCAAACAAACCAAUCUGCUGGAUUAAAUAGAAAUAGUCAAAUGAAUUUAUCUUCCCAUCAUCACCAAUCUUCUUCUUCUUCCUCCUCCUCCUCCUCCUCAAAUUCUGGACAAAAUAAUUAUUUUAUGAAAUCAGCAUCUUUAACCCAUUAUAUUCCAAAUAUGGAAUGGACCAAGGUAGCCAAUACUUCCAAAAAUUUAACUGUAGACAAAUUUAUGACUCUUGAUUCUCUUAGUUUUUUCCUCUUAAAUAAUUUUUUCUCAAUUAGAAUGUAUGAUUGUUGUCCAAAUCCUUAUCCAGAUAUUUGCUACUAUUUUUCAAUUAAACGAAAUCCUUCCUACUAUUUAUUUACUUUAAUAAUGCCUUCAGCUUUAAUUACAACAAUUACGGUUGUUGGAUUUUUUACAACACAUUCCAGUACUGGAGAGAAUACUGAAAAGGUUAGCCUUGGAGUAACAUCACUGCUUUCACUUGCUUUAAUCCUUAUGAUGGUUUCUGACAAAUUACCAGCAACUUCAGAUACUGUCCCUGUACUUGGUCAGUAUUAUAUUGGGCUAAUAUGUAUUCAAUUUACUGCUACAUACAUUACUACAUGGACACUUCAUUUACAAACAAAUGGAAAUUCGGGGAGAGCUUUACCUAGACGUUUACGUCAUUGGCUGUUGGGGGCAAACCCUCGAAAUAAUAAUUUAUUUAUGAAGCAUUUACUUGGAAGAGAAUUGACAACUAUGCAACAAAGUGUUAGGCAUCGGAUUAAGCGAUUUGAAAGAGUACGUAUGGGCCUUCCACCUUAUCUCGAUGAUAGUCGAUUCCCUUUUAUCGCCUCUAUUGGCCAAAGGAAUGGCUCAGUCCAACAAGAAAGACAUUGCACUAUAUUUACCGAUUCUAAUAGUAAUCAGAAAACAACAGAGAAUGGAACAACAAAACAAACAACAGAAAGAAAUUCUUUUAACGAUUCAAUAUCAAAUUCAAUUAAAGAAGUAUCUCAAACAGUUCAGGAAAUAAGGCUUUCAUUGUUAACAGAAGAACAAUUGAGACAAAUUCGUGUUGAAUGGCAAAUGCUAGCAAGAAUGAUUGAAAAAGUUUUGAAAUUAGUUUUUAGUGUAUUUACAAUUGUUUUUGCUGUUUAUAUGUUAUAUGAUGAACAGGCACCUCCAUUAAUAACAGAAGAAUGGAUAAAAGAAAAUUCACAUUAA